AUGACGACGAGUUCGACUUCGAUAAGGAACAAUAAUCUGCCUCCAUCGCUCCUCGCCAAUCUUCAGAAUGUGCUGAGUGGGAGAAAUGGUGGUGGAGAGCGUCGGGAGGAGGAGCCUAAGCCUAGCCCGGAGCCGUCUUCUUCGUCUGCGGACCCCGCGGAGAGCAGCACAGUGGCCCCCGAAUCGAAGCCCAUCAUUCUGGUGACCAAUGGCGAUGGCAUCGAAGGCCCAGGUUUGCGACCGCUCGUUGACACCCUCGUCGCGGAGGGCCGGUUCGAGGUUCACGUCUGCGUGCCAGAAUCGUAGGUCUUCUUGUAUCCGAGUUCCCUGUCUGUGAAUUUUGGCGUUUUCCUCGAUGGUCUCGGUUGGACCUCUUUGAAAUCCCUUUCAAUGUGGUCGAGUAGAAUUCUGCGUAUGAAUAUAUUUCAUGUUCUUCAUCGUGUUUUCCUCCCGGUUUUCGAAUGUCACCAUUUGAUUUUCUUCGUCCCACUCAGAUAUGAGGUUUUCUUUUCCCUAUCAUGAUGGCUAACCGUGGCCAUUUAUUUGUGCAAGGUUAGUCUCCUCCAUACCCCUUUGAGCAUGUCAUCUUUGGGGUUUAUUUUCAUGGUGAUUAAUUUUGAUUGUAGGGAUAAAUCCCUAUCUGGACACUCUGUCACAGUCAGGGAUACGGUUGUUGCAAGUUCCCUGGAGAUAAAUGGUGCUACAGCUUUUGAAGUUGCAGGUACGAUCACGUUCAACUUUCUGUUUCUCUUGCUGAACGGUGGAAGCAAAGUGACUUGAUUUUGUGGCGUUUUCUGGCAGACAAUUUACGAAAUUUUUAUAUUCACAUACAUACGGAUUGAUAUGUAUUAGUGAUAUGAGCAUAGUGUACUAAAACUUUUGGGUUUCUAUCCUUAAAUCUUACUUUAUCUUUGCCAUAUUGAACAGGUACUCCAGUGGAUUGUGUCUCAUUGGCUUUGUCUGGGGCGCUAUUUUGCUUCUCAAAACCCGCACUGGUACUUGUUUGUGUAAAUUAUGCUUGGAUUUGUACUUCAAUUUUUUGAAUCUUGACCUUGACAUAGGUGCAUUCUGAAAAAUUAGGUUAUUAGUGGAAUCAGCAGGGGAUCAAAUGGCGGCAAUCACUUGUGAGUUUUUGUGGCUGUCUCAUUGUUUCAUGAUUUGAAAAACUGUAUCUAUUUAAACUUUGUCAUGGAAUCGUCUACGGUCUCAGAGAAAUAUGUCUAAGAAAAACAAAAUAUUUCCAGAGGUUUUUAAAUAAAUUAUUUUUUUCUUUCGGAUGGUUGAUAUCCAUUCCUCCAGAUAUAAUUUUUAAUCGAACCGUUUUCUUACGCCACUUUUUUCAUGAAGGAUCUGCGCCUAUCUUGUAGUUGCGUGUUUGCCUGUACGUAUCUUUGACUGUCUCUGCAGCUUCUACUCAGGUACACUUUCUGCGGCUAGGGAAGCUUCAAUGUGUGGAAUACCUUCUCUGUCAAUAUCUCUGAAUUGGUCAGUGCAUAUUCUUUGAUUUUUGCACAUUUUCUCUAGUUUGCCAAUUGAAAUGUGUUUGCUUUUAUUAGGAAGAAGGAUGAAAGUCAAGAGAGUGAUUUCAGAGCUGCAGCAGACUCUUGUUUACCAUUAAUUAUCACUACUAUAAGGGACAUUGACAAGGGUGUUUUUCCCAAAGGUUGCUUUCUGAAUAUUGAUAUUCCUACUUCCCCGGCUACAAACAAGGUUCGUACAUUUCUAUUGUGGAAGUAUUUUAUCUCUGAAUAGUAUCAUCUUGCAGAAGUUUGUUCGCUGGAUAAUCAUUAUGUGAUCUGAUGUAGUCCAGAUGUUUGGAUGGAUGAUUGGAGAUCGGAAUACACCACCGACAUACAUUUUUCCAAAGCACAAAAUCUCUCUGGAGAGAACACGCCUUUUAUUUAUUUGAUCUGAUUUCUUGCGUGUUGGAAUUGAACUGUUGAGGUGAAAAUAUGGUACUGAUAGAUGACAACUGUUUUUUCCGCGUAUGUCUGGCUUCCUUCUCAUAAGGAUGAUAUACAAUACCGGAUGUAGAUGAACAUCUAACAAUCUAGGCUACUUGUUUGCGUAAGUUGAAGUGUAAUUGUCAAGGCGUCACCUUGGUGACACAUGGGCUCCUGCAAUUCUUCCUAGAUGUGUACUCUAAAAGGAAGUUUCUUUGAUCUCGGCCGUGGAGCAUAUGGCUACUUUUUAGGUUUUCGUUGUAGCAAGAAAUCGGAAAUGGAAAGAGGAAGAUAAUGAAAAAAAUUUGGGACAGGGAAGGGAGUUGGGUCGUUCUGCUGAAGCUGAUGGUUUCCAUCAGUUGAUUGAGCUGCAUUGAUGACUGCCGCUCACCAAGUCCUCUAUAUUUGGCAUCACCAACUGUGCAGCAGCUCUGGGACUACCGCUCAGAUGUUCAAUUGUCAUGGCUGUUGUCUAACUGAUAAGUCAGAAGAGCAAGAAAGAGGUAUGUUGCAUCCCAAUCAUGAAAUAUGAUACGAUCCUCUUUGGAAGGAUCGGAUCAGAACGAAUCAGGGGAAAGAAAAUCGGCACUACCGAUUUAAGAACCUUGGAAAAUGUAGUGUUUUUGGGAUGUCAGAAUGACAGUUCUAUCGAAAUAGAGGGGAGGGAGAGAAGUAGGGUGGGGAUGGGAUUCGAGAUGAUCCCCUCCCUGCCCUAGUCUUUGACUAUCUGUCGCCUUAUUCCAUUCCUUAGAGCUCUAUUUAUAUUCGUCUGUCAUUCUCAUCUGAGACGUCUGAUCUGUGGAAUUCUCCUGAAGUUUCUCUUGAGUGCUUUGAACGUGACCUCCUUUUGCGUCCUACAUAUGUUAUCACUUGACUCGUAACAAAAUAACGCCUGGAUUAUAGAAGAAAAGUGAAAACGCAUGUGUGCUCAGUGUUGGUUUUACAAUUAUGUGAGAAACCCAUUAUUUUAUAUAUUUCUCUAUUUACGGAGUUAAUUAGGUCAGGCUUUUAACAGCCACCUGAAAUCAUCUGGGUGCCUUGACGGGCAUGAUUUCAAUAAAAUAUAAAGUAAUAACUUUUCUUGAGUUUGUAGUUGGCUAGAAUUGUGUGUCAGAGAACAACUGUUGCAUCUUCUGACCCAGACGACCCAACCAAGAAUCAAUUUUGACACAUCAAUAUGCCAUCUCAUUGGUAUUACUCUAAGGCAAAGUUUUUGCAACAAUUUUCUCUUGAUGAUAUUUCAACUUCUAUGGGAUAAGGAUCAUUCAAUUAAUUGUAGUGCCAUCUUUCUGAUCAUGUCAAUAGGACUCGUCCAUAGCCGUACAAAAGCAGGGAUGACAGCUACAGUUAGAGUGACUACUCUAGGAUCGAAUUAGAAGUGGUGAAUUGCUACCAGAAUAGGGAAAUGAAUUGAUUUCUUCUACCAGUUUGACUGACACGACUUGGGUAGCCGACAAAAUAUUCUAGAUUGUUCUACCUUUCGAAACCCCUUUUCUUGGUAUUUUUUACCCAUUAUCUUCUAGGUAUUUGUGGAAAAGGAGCGCAUGAUGGUGAUUUGUUUAUUAUGGGAAUACCAAUGCAGAAGCUUCCCUUGCAAAUGUCAACUUGGCAUAAUAGCUCCAGCUUUAUCCUCAAAAGCCCCCCCUAGGGAAGCAACUUAAAAAGCCACUUUAAUGAUGGGCGACUUUCUUUUGCCGAAGCCACCCAUCAUAAGGGUGGGCUUCUUGGAACUUCGCAAUCUUCUGGGAUGGGGGCAUACCAUUCCUGAAAGAAACCCAUCCUGGCCACCCUUCAUCAGGGCAGCUUUCCCGCCUCCAAUUGUAGCAAAGCCAUGGUAAUCAAGGGUGGAUAGAGACUUAAACCUAUUUAUGUCUUCCUGGAUAGCUACAGGGAAUCAGGAAGGGGCAGGUAAGACAAGGCAACUUCGCUGCUGACUUGAUGUCCCACAUAGCUGCGGGCCAGUGGAUGAUGGAGAUUCACUUCCUGUCCCAUGUAAUGGUGGUAGAUUGGGCUGUUUUGGAGGGACGGGGGGGGGGGAGAGAGGUUGAGCUGGGUCAGGGUGAUGAAAAUUUCCAACAUUAUAGAAGCAACAACUACUGAUGGGUAAGCUGCCCCUCUGAUGGCUUCCUUUUUUCAAGGGGUGGUUUGCUUUUCGGAAUCUUCGGCCUAAUGGUUUGGCUAUUCCCACCCUUCAAGUUGGUGGCUUCUCUCAGAGAAAGCUGUCUGUAUACUGGGCAGGGGCAGCGUUUGAUGAGUAAGCCACCCUCUAUAAGGGUGGCUUGAGGGUGACUUGGAUGGAGACUAUUGUUUCAAAGAACACCCUUCACAAAGGCCACUUUCAACAUAUCAAAGAAAAUACAGGAGGCCCACUGAUGUGCUCGUCUGAAAUGGGUUGUUUUCAAGAGGUUUCUUUUACGUGGAAUAUUUUUUUCAAAAAUUUUCUGGGUUGAGCCAGUGGAAAAAAAUCUGGCUGUUAAAUGUUGUUUCCUAAGAUUUUCGUCUCUCCUCCCCGUUGCUCCAUCCAACUCUCUCAUUCACAACUCUCUUGUCAACCUGAGUCUUCUUUUCUCAUUGUUGAUUUUUCCUGUCAUCAUUACUUAGAUAGUAGAUUAUAUUUUAGUUUGUGGAUAAAAUUCCUUGUCAAUAAUAGAUUCUGUUUUGGGGUCUUUCUUUCCCAUCCACUCAUAUUGUGUCCCUCAUGUGUUGGAAAACCGAGAUGGAUUGCAUGGUGACAUGAUCUCUGAGAAAUAAAUAUACUAAAUCAUGGAUCCCUCAGGGCCUUAAGUUGUCUUUUGUAUUGUAUGCCAAAUGCAUUAAUAUAUUAUGAUGUUGUGCUGUCCAUAAUGCAUUUGUAAUGGUCUGAGAGAGACAUUACAAGCAAGGCCUAGCCAGUCCGGCAUUAUAUUGGGUGCUGAAAAGAAAAGCUGAGUUAGGCAUUAACCCGGAUUUCUUCAGUUCUGACAUAUAUGAAUAUAUAUAUAUAUAUAUAAUCCUUUUGGUAAUAAUCAGUUUUUUAGGGGUCUAUAAUUUUGUGAUUUUGUUGGCUGAACUCACUUUGACCAGUUCUUGGUAUCUGGGAAAACAAAGCGUGAUUUGUUGAGUCAUUCUAAAUGGAUUAAGUCGGUAAACUGUGGGUAUAAAUCAUUGUGAGAAGACAUGCAGGUCCAUGUGGCCACACUCACUGAUUUUACGGUUAGGAAAAAUUCCCAUUAUGGGUUUGCAUUCUGCGCCUCCAUGCUUAGCUACUAUUUAUCCAGUAUUUAAAAUGUCAGAUCUGCAAAUGCUUUUCUACAUUGCAUUUUCAUUCAUGCGAUGAGGGGUAUGGAAUUUCUUGUAGAAGCUCAAAUUUACUGUUAUGGUUUUUUAAUCAAAUUAUAGGAGUUACUGAUGAAGAGGCCAAGUUUUUUCAUAAUAAAUUCUUUCGUAGGAGGCAUGAUUUCAUAAAAAUCCAAGGUGUUUGGAUCCUUAAUACACACCUCAACCCAAAAGUUUUAGAGGCCCAUGGAUGUGGAUUUAGGAGUAAUGGUCUGUGGGAAGAAUAGGGAUGUUACUGCAUGGUUCUUUCGUCAAGAAACAAACCUUCAUACAGUUCUCAGAAAGCUGCAGUUUGGUUGAAAUAUGGAUGGUUCUCUGGUAGCUUUUUAUGGAGAAAUAGACCCACCUUUUUGUCAAGAAGAAUUUUUGAAGUACAGGGAUGUGGUAAACUAUGGGAAUUGGGAUUCCUUAAAGAAGACGAAUAAUGGCUGAAUACCUACGUUCUGAUUAAAACAUCUUUUUAAGAAAUGAGAUGAUGGGGCAUGCACAGCAAGCUCUGAUAACUAUACAAAAUCACUUGUAUCGUGUGGAUGUGUAUAAUUAUGCUUGCCUGUUCAUCCUUUGGACUGUUCUUAUUAAUUUGGGAAUUGAAUUAUGAGCACAGUUUCUUAGAUUUGGUAAAUCUUCUUUAAGUCUGUCCUUCAAACCAUUGGCAAGCUAUCCCCCUGUCCCUCACCCAUAUUCCGAUAAAACAACGAAGAGGCAUACCGUAUGCAUCUAGAACUUCGUACAGGUGGAGAUCUUCCUACAGCCAUACCGUAUGCAUCUUCCCCUUGCCAGGUUCAGGAUUUAGAAGGCAGCGGAGAUCUUUUGCACUGCUGUGGAACACCUACGUAUUAUUCUACCUAACGAUUCACACUCAUUUUUUCAAUCUGACUCAUAAGCUUCAUGCUAGGAUUAUGAUUCUCACAUAAAACGUUUUGAAGAUUACUCUCUCUUUUUUUUUUUUUUUUUAAAUUUAUAUAUCAACCUCGCCAAUGCUUUCUGAAUGGUUGAUAACGGGUAACCGUAGUUCGGGUUCCUUAUAGUCUAUGCUUUUUUAUUGUAUCCAGGGCUUCAAGGUCACCCGACAGAGUGUGUGGAAGCCUACUCUGAGCUGGCAAGCUGUAUCAGGAUACAAGCAUCCUUCUGCUGGCCAGUUUAUGUCCAAGCAUCAAAGCCUAGGCAUACAGCUUGCGCAGCUUAGCCGAGAUGCGUCUGCAGCGGUCAGUAUCUUAUAACAUAUUUUCCAUGAUACUGAACUGAUUUGACGUUCUAGGCUUGUUUCUGAGAUUUCCAUGAGGCUUUCAUUUUAUUUCAGGGUGCAGCCCGUCGCCUUAAUACUCAAAGAAAAACCGUGGAGAUAGAAUCAGUUGCAGCAGCUGGGAAAUCAGAAACCCAGCAUGGAAACAUCAAGAAAUACUUUCGACUGGAGGUACUAACCGUUUACUUAACCAAGUGCCGUGCUUAUUUUCCUCUACGUUAAUCAUAAAACAGGCGGGAAUCUAUCCCUGAUGAGGCAACCCUCUGCAUGUAAAAGGAACAUCCUAGUUUAUUAUUUUUCUCCAAGAGCAUCGUUUCCAUUGUCCGACCAACGUGUUGUGCCUCAACUGCAGCUUCUAGCGAAAGACCAAGAGGAUGGGACAGAUGAAGAUCUCGACUUCAGGGCGCUUGAGAAUGGCUUUGUGAGUUGACGCUGGCCCUCACCCCCUUCUCUCCUCAUCAUCCUCCAUGAGGAUCUCAUCGUCAUGCGGUCCCCUCGUCUUGCAGAUUACUGUGACCCCCAUCUACCUGCCCUCCCACCUCGGACCAGAUUCAUCCACAGCAUCUGUGUCGGAAUGGCUGUCCAAUGCGCUCUCAGAGUGCUGA